GAAGGAAUUGCUGUGGGAAGGAGCUUUGCUAUGUAUAAGAACUACAACAUAGACGGGAACAAAGAAAUGCUCGCUUUUGGAGUGAUGAACAUCGUUGGUUCCCUCACAUCUUGUUACCUCACAACCGGACCGUUUUCGAGAUCGGCCGUGAAUUUCAACGCCGGUUGCAAGACUGUGGUGUCGAACAUAGUGAUGGCAAUUGGGGUUAUGUUCACAUUGCUCUUCCUUACGCCACUUUUCCACUACACACCACUCGUCGUCCUCUCCUCCAUCAUCAUAUCCGCAAUGCUUGGACUCAUCGAUUACCAAGCUGCUAUUCAUCUCUGGAAUGUCGACAAAUUCGACUUCCUUGUCUGCAUGAGCGCUUACUUUGGUGUCGUAUUCGGCAGUGUCGAGAUCGGACUUGUUGUAGCAGUGGUGAUAUCGAUAGCAAGGUUGUUGCUAUUCGUGUCGAGACCGAGGACUGCGUUGAAGGGAAACAUACCAAACAGCAUGAUCUAUAGAAACACCGAGCAGUAUCCUUAUUCAAGAACCAUUCCUGGUCUUCUAAUCUUGGAGAUUGAUUCUCCCAUCUACUUUGCCAACGCUGGUUACUUGCGUGAGAGAAUCACAAGGUGGAUCAAUGAAGAAGAAGAGAGGGUCAAAACAUCAGGAGAAAACAGUUUACAAUAUGUUAUACUCGAUAUGUCCGCUGUCGGUAAUAUCGACACGAGUGGUAUAAGCAUGAUGGAGGAAAUUAAGAAAAUCAUUGACCGAAAAGAGUUAAAGUUAGUAUUGGCAAAUCCAAAAGGAGAGGUCGUGAAGAAACUGACCAGAUCCAAAUUUAUCGACAACUUGGGAAAAGAAUGGAUGUUCUUAACGGUUGCAGAAGCUGUGGAGGCUUGUAGUUUCAUGCUUCACACUUUAAAAACGCAAGCCGCCUCCAAAGGAGAGCCUUGGAACAACGUCUAGUUCCUUUUUUUUUUUUUUCGUUUAAGCGUUUGUGACUACUCGUUAUCAAAUAGCAUUAUGUAAUCACAAAUUUCAGGGAAAAAAAAUCUCAAAUAUCAGAAAAAAGGCAAAAGAAAAAUGCAUUUUGUAUAAUAUUUGAUUAUUGAUGAUGAAGUCAUAUUCAA